GGAACAAAGCGAUACCAAACGAGUCCGUGCUGCAGCACACCAACUCCAGGAGGCACGCCGCCGUCGUCGUCGUGAGGGUGCAGCGUCUCACCGCGCUCCUGCUGAUCCAGAAAUGUUGUUGCACAGCGCGGUGUUGGCCGCCGUGCUGCUACGGGCGGCCGCCUUGACCGCGCUCUGCCCCUGCCCGUCGUCGUCGCCACCCAACUCCGAGGACAUCCCGGUGUGUGGCAGUGAUGGCAUCACCUACUCCAGCGAGUGCGAGCUGCAAUGCGCCGGCCUGCCCGCUGGACACUCCGUCGCCCACCCCGGGCCGUGCGCCGCCCCACCUGAAGAGACCGUCGCUGGCCGUCACCGCCGCUACGCCGUGGAGUAUGAUGAGUGGCAGCAAUGUUUCGACGAACGGCAGUGCGGCGAACCGCACUACGGCAACUGCAGCGAGUGCGUCGCGGGCGGAUAUGAGAAGUGUCACGAAAUGUGCGCGUGGAACUGCGCGUGCGGAUGCUCGGGGCUGCCGACGGGCGCCGGGCUGGACGAGGACUCGCACGACCUGUUCGACGAGUGCUGCGAGGAGAAGCGGUGCACCAACAGCAAGAGGUGGGAAUGCGAGGGGAACUGCGGCGACCACCAGUUCUGUGUAAACUUGUGCCACAUGGAGCAGGUGAGGUGCUCCUGCGACUGCGUCCAGCACGCGCUGACCAGCAGGACAUCCGCGCCCACGAUCAGUGCCUCCGCGGCGCCGGCGACAAGCAGCAUGUGGGAAGCUUUGCUCUCCCUCGUGCACGCAGUGUUGUUGCGUACGGCUAACUCAUAGAAUGUGAUAGGAGGGCGCAGAUUUGAUUUACCUUUUAUGAGCGCCAGGAGUUAACUCAUCAUAUUAUCAAUUCCUCAAAUAAUAGAUAUAUGCCAAACUGUGCAUGUGAACAAACACAAUAAACAAAAGAGAUGGGUAUUGA